AUGAUUUUCCAAGACUUAGUUCGUCAUUAUGGGAGGAAAUCAACAAAAGCCAGUUGUAUGAUAAAGCUAGAUUUACAAAAGGUUUAUGAUACUAUUGAAUGGAGCUUUAUAGAAGAAAUGUUGUACGGUUUCCAAUUUCCUGAGCACUUUAUUCAGCUGGUCAUGACCUGUAUUAGAACACCACGGUUUUCACUCAUGAUCAAUGGUUCGCUGCAUGGUUAUUUUGAAGCCAAAAGAGGGUUGCGACAAGGGGACCCGAUGUCACCUCUUAUUUUUGUACUGGGAAUGGAGUACCUCACUAGAAUUAUGAAAAGAGUUGGCCAGAAAUCUGAUUUUCUUUUUCAUGACAGAUGCAAAGAGCUGAAGCUGAAUCAUCUUAUUUUCGCAGAUGAUGUUUUACUGUUUUGCAACGGUGACUACAAGAGCAUUUAUUAUUUACUACAGGGCCUCAAGUUGUUUUCGCAAACAUCAGGAUUGCAGCCUAAUGCUUUCAAGUCUGCAAUAUAUUGCAGUGGGAUGAAUAAUAAUGAGGUACAACGCCUUCUGGAUGCUUCGGACUUUAGAAAAUAUGAUGUCCCGUUCAACUAUUUAGGUAUUCCAAUCUAUGCUAAGCGAAUAUCUGCUAAGGAGUGUAGCUUGUUGGUGGAUAAAAUGACCAAUAGGAUCAGGUCCUGGAGUACAAGGAAUAUUUCAUUUGCAAGUCGGGCAAUUUUGAUUAAUUCUGUUCUACUCACAAUACACUCAUAUUGGAGCCAAAUCAUGUUGCUGCCUAAGAAGUUGCUAAAAGAAAUUGAUGCCAUUUGUAGAGCCUUCUUGUGGAAAGGCCAACAAAUGAUGACUGGAGCAGGGCAAAUUUCUUGGGACAGCAUAUGUAAGCCUAAAGCAGCAGGAGGUAUAGGCUUCAAGAACAUCUCUGAAUGGAACAAAGCAUCCAUGUUUAAGUAUGUUUGGGCUAUAGCGGCUAAAGAAGAUAAUUUGUGGGUUAAAUGGGUGCACAGUGUGUACAUAAAAGAAGAAGAUUGGUGGGGUUACAAUGCCCCGUUACAUGGUAGCUGGUAUUGGAGGAAGAUUGUAGCAAUCAAAGACAAAGUGAAGACACUUGUGGACUUAGCUCUAUUCACUCAAGAAAGGUAUAAGAUUGCAAAGGGAUACAAGUUUUUAUGUCCUAUACAAGAUCAGGUCAAUUGGAGUAAGGAAGUUUGGGGGAGAUUGAAUACCCCAAAGCAUAGCUUCGUACUAUGGCUUGCUAUCCAAGACAGGUUGAAAACUAAAGAAAGGUUGUAUCGGUUUAAUGUCCUCCCUGAUGCUAGAUGUCAGUUUUGUACAGUGGAAGAUGAAACAAUUGCUCACUUAUUUUUUGAAUGUCCAUUUACUAACGAUUGUCUUCAACAGAUUAAGAGCUAG